UUGAGGUGGAUGGGUGUAGCAGUUAAAUGAUUGUUUGUCCCUCAUGUGUUUGAAAAAGGAGGCACUGAUCACCCCUCAUAUAGACUGAAACACCUCCACGAGUCUCUCUCUCUCUAACACACACACACACACACACACAGUGCAGCAGCAGCAGAUCAUCAGGAGGCGGCUCUGCGUUAUUUUCCGGGAGGCACGGAUCUUACACCGGUACGAACGGAACCAGAAGCGGACCGCUGUUACUCUGGUCGGCAGGCAGGUAUUUUCGGUGAUCCUGCUCCAGUUCCGGCUCCGGUUCUGCUGCAGGAGGAGGAAACGUGACGGGAAUCAGAGUGGAUCGAUGGUUUGAGCUGAAUCAAGAUGAUGAUGAACUCGUCAGAGAAGAUGAAGAAGAAACCUCCCAAGGACAGUCUGACUCUGCUGCCAUGUUUCUACUUUGUGGAGCUGCCCAUUGUGGCUUCUUCUAUGGUAUCUCUGUACUUCCUGGAGCUGACUGAUGUGGUGCAGCCUGCUCAGGUGGGUUUCCGCUGCCAUGACAGAGACCUCAGUAUGCCGUAUGUGGACGGAGGAGACGAGCUGAUCCCCCUGCUGAUGCUGCUGAGCCUCGCCUUCGCCGGACCAGCUGCCUCGAUCAUGCUGGUUGAAGGUCUGGUGUACUGUCUGCAGUCCAGACUGAAGCUCCGCAGAGCUGAAGGAAGCAUCAACGCCGGGGGCUGCAACUUUAACUCCUUCCUCAGGAGGACGGUGCGCUUCGUAGGUGUGCAUGUGUUCGGUCUGUGUGCGACGGCUCUGGUCACUGACAUCAUCCAGCUGUCGACGGGUUACCACGCCCCCUUUUUUCUAACUGUCUGUAAACCGAACUACACGCUGGCGGGCAUGUCAUGUGACCAUAACACUUACAUCACUAAAGACAUCUGCUCUGGUCAUGACCAGCAUGCAAUCAUGGCUGCCAGGAAAACCUUCCCUUCCCAACAUGCAACUCUGUCCGCCUUUGCUGCUGUUUACGUUUCAAUGUAUUUUAACUCCACCAUCUCUGACAGCACCAAGCUCCUCAAACCCGUGCUGGUGUUUGCAUUUGCGAUUGCAGCAGCGUUGACGGGUCUGACUCAGAUCACACAGCACCGCAGUCACCCCAUUGAUGUCUACGUUGGCUUCCUGAUCGGUGCCUUCAUCGCUGCAUACCUGGCUUUUCACGCAGUCGCCAACUUUAGGUCUUCUGAUGACAUCAUCGCAGUCCCGCCUCCUCCACCCCCCAAGCAGGACCCUUUGCGAGCUCUGACGGAGCGAGGACAUGAGUCUGUCUACAACAAAGGUCCAGCCUCCGCCUCAGAAAGUAAUGAUGAGAUUGCAGCUGCUCCAGCCCCCUUGGACAGGCUUGAGGGCCUAGGGCCCCUGGGGCCCCUGGAGCCUCUGCAGAGGGAGAAGGACUCCAUGGGGAGCCUGAAGAGGGCCAGUGUGGACGUGGAGCUACUGGCCCCGCGCAGCCCCAUGGGUAAGGAGACCAUGCUGACCUUUAGCAACACACUGCCCAGAGCUAGCAUGAAUGCCAAUGGGGUCCUGGGGGCCAACCCGGGGCCUGAGGUGCAGGCAGUGCAGCCAGUGCAGCAGGUGCAGCCGGUGCAGAGACGUUUGAAGGCAGUACAGGUUCCUGUGGACCCGAUGAGAUCUUCACAGCUGGUGUCGGAGUGGAAGCAGAAGUCGAUGGAGAUGAGGGGCCUGAGUAUGCGUGACGAUGCUGAGCGUGAGGCCAGCGAGGACGGCUCCGAGGUGGGCUCUGUAGGGACAGAUGAGGGGGGGUCCCAGGGCCACGUCUACCAGCACCCAGUGCAGUCAGGGAGGGCACCCUCUAGUCGAAACCCCACCCCACCACCAGGAGGUCCUAAAGCCGUUGCCACUCCAAGACCACCGCAGAUCCCGGAAGCAGGACCCCCACCCGUGUCCCCUAAGAGUGCCCUUACUCGGGCCAAAUGGCUCGCCAUCCGAGAGAAGACCAGCGGGGAUGGGUCAGCCCGCAGUGCCACCAACCAGCCACGGAUUUUGCAGGUCAUCGCCAUGUCCAAGCAGCAGGGGCUCCUCCCCUCCUCCUCUUCAGGGGAGAAAUCCUCCGAGAGCACCUCCACAUGCUCCGGCACCUCCUCCAACACCGACUCCCCACAUUACCGCCCCCCCUCAGAGCCACAGAGGGAGGGGUUGGGUAUUAUCACUGUGGAUGCUCAUGCCCCUCACCAUCCAGUUGUCCAAGCCCCACCCCCUCAUCACGCACCACCCCUUACAGGUAAUGGUAACCCAUGGGAGUGGGCCGGGGCACCAAAUGGUGGUGACCAGCGGGACACAUAUGACCUCAACAGCAUGACCCGGGGAGACUCUGCUGCUCGUGGCAGCAGCUUCCGGCCCCAACGAUCUGCCUCACCACGUGCUGCCCUGGACUCUGACCCAGCCCCACCCCCGUCCCACCCCCAGGUGGAGAUGUCUGCAGAGGCUCAGCGCCGGGAGAUGGCCAUGAGGCGCAAGACGGCUCUGGUUCUAUUGGAUCGAGAGAUCAGAAACCAGAACGAGCAGGAGAACUUUUAUAAGAGCUUACAGGGACGCAGGUUUAAAGAUUAGUCUCUUACCUUUCAAAAUAAAAGCCUUAUUUUCAAACUGCUCUGCACAGAACCUGGACAGCAGAGAGGAAGUGUGAAUGUGCAUUCUGUGGUUUCAUGUGAUGGACAGGUGGAGGUCAAAAAGUGAAAGGUUUCAUCCUGGAGGUCAGAUCGUGGCUCAACACUGGGACAGUUUCUCUGUGGCGAACAGCCGACUUAUUCAUGUUGAUGUUGUUAUUAUUAUUAUUAUUAUUAUUAUUAUUAUUAUUAUUAUUAUUAUUAUUAAUCAUUUAAUAACUCAAAUCUAUGACCAAGCCUAGGGUUACCAGAGAUAGACAUUUAAACAGAAAACAAGCAAAUGAAACACGCUUCCUGAUUUGGGCUCCCUUGUACUCAAACAGACUGCAGAGAGAUGUUUGCUUUAGGGUGUGUCUUUCUGUGAUUGACAAGUUGCUACCAUGCUACCAUAACCUGUCAACCAGAAAACAACAGUUUGCAAAAACACGAGUGCAGGUUGUUUUCACAAUACCUGGUUUGUAUGGCUGUACGACUAACACAAUCAGCCUGUUGUUCACCAUACAUUUUAUUUUUACACCAGCUUCAUGUUUCAUCCUGAUUCUAGCUUUGUUAAGACCCAGCUCACUCGGUUCAUCAGCUGUACUUGAGUUCAUACCUCAGACUGUUUCAGAGUUAGGAUGGGUGUGAUGCCAUCAUCAGAGUGCAGAGCAGCUUUAAAAUACCUUAUCGUCUUAGAAACACUCUGCUCCUCGCCCACAGAUCUUACUCCAAACGCAUCAUUUUACACUCAGACUGUUGGACAUCUCCUCCCCUCCCCUGACAGACUCCAGGAGAAAAACAGAUUCACAGUUUGAGCCUCAAAGAAAAAGCAGCACAGAAAACCUGCUCGAAUGUGAAACGACACCAAAUCUGCCUCAAACCACAGAGAAGCACCUUAAAUCUGCUCCUGUGACAAGUUCUUUAUACAGCUCCAUUCAUACACAGAGCAAGUCCAAGCUCUCUGCAAACACAAGACUAAUGUGAGCAUCUUCAAAAGAAUUAUGAAAGAAAAAAUAUAGAAAAAGAAAGAAAGACAGACAGAAGGAGAGAGGGAGAGAAAGAAAGAUAGAGAGAGCAAUAAAGAGGCAAGACAGGCUAAAAACCAACAGAACAAUAUUUAAGAAUAUUUGAAUAAAUUGAGAGAUUACUAUUGUAUAAUUUACUCUGCGUGCCCACUAGUGUAUCAGUGUACUGAAGUCUACUUCAGAGUCCUACUGUCCUGACGGACACAGAUUCACCUGCUGGUCUCACCUCAAUCCAAAUAGAUUCUAUACAAUAGUUCAUCCCGCAACAUCUCCCCUCGGAUGCAGGCUCAGAGUUUGCUCUGUCACAGCCCUGAACUGCCCCACAAACCCCACACAGGGGGCUGUGGUGGUAGUCCACCCACAGGCUGUACACAUUGUGGGUUUGGUCUGUCAGUGAUCACCAUCCAUCUGGACUCUCAGACUGGUUGGUCUCAUGGAAAUUAACUCGACUCGAGGGGACAUCUUCCCCUGGGUUUAGACUCACAGGCUCCUCCGCCUGUGUGGGGUCACAGCUCACAGGCUGGCUCAGACUUCUGGAUACACUUACCAAUCUCAACACAACUGAAACCAGCAAGUUCUUUAAAUUGAUUCAUUGAAAGUCAUUAAAACAGUAUGACGGAGAAUCAGGACGACAUUAAGGGAAAAAUAUCAAAUUUUAAAAAGGAAAGUCCUAAUAUAACAAUGAUAAAGUCAAAGUAAAGUCAUAAUAUAACAAGGAAAAAGUCGUUACAUGGAUUAAGUCAUAACAUGAGAAUACAGUCAUGAUUUAGCUAGGAAAAAGUCAUACUAUAACGAGGAUAACAUCAUAACAUAACAAGGAUAAAGUUGACCUAUUUUUAAAGGGAAAGCUGAGCAGCCAGCUGCCUGUUCAAAAAUGAAGAAUGUGAAGCAUCUUGUUGAAUUACACUUUAGAGAGUGUUUCAUAAAAUGAUAAAAUACUAAAUAUUUGGGCACAUCAGCUCCACAUAGUUAAAAGUAUAAAGACUCUUUUCACAUCUUGACUUUAUUCUUCAACAUCUUGACUUUAUUCUCUUAAUCUUGAUUGUUAGUUUCUUUAAUGUGGCCCGAACACUCCAUCAUAAAAUGGUACAUAGCAGUUCUUAAAAAAUAAUAAUAAUUCAUAUAAAUAAGUUUGCAUCCAUAAGGAGUUAAGCCAAGUUGAACAGAGUAAGAGGUGCUCUGGGUCUGACAUCAUCGGGGGGAUUAUUCAGGUCUAAGCUGAAUAAUAAAAAGUUGCUUCUCC